GGGUGACGCAGUUGCAGCCGAAGAAUGGGGGGGGGCGGCAAAUGCACCACCAGCCACCGACACUGCCCGCUCCGGCCAGGCGCUCGCUGGGCGGCCUCGUAGCGCCUCCCCGGAUUGAGCCGCGAGGGCGAGGGGCGGGGAGAAGCUCGCUCCGCCCGGACCUGGGUGUCUCCCCCUUGCGCGAUCCCAGCCGCCGGACCCAAUUUUGGCAGGCCGCCGCCACCCCCUGGGCUACGCAGCCCUCGCCUUCUCCCAUGGGGGUCCUCCUGGGGGGGCCGGAGUCCGCUGAGCCGCCCUUGCCCAGCGCCUGGUGAGACCGCCCCAUGGAUACCAGCUCCCCAACUCCAGAUCCCGGGGGCCCACGAAGGGACUUUGCGGUGCCCGCAUCUGACCCGGGUCCCCCAUCCUUUGAGUGGCUGCUGGGGCGCCUGGGGGCAGGGGGACGGCGCCAGCGCCUCCUGCUGGCCUUGAGCUGCCUGCCGUGCCUCCUCCUGGGACUCGGGGCUGGCUCGGAUGCCCUCUUCACGUUGACACCCCCGCGCCACUGCCGGGAUCCCAACAGCACCAAGUUUCCAGAGAACAGCACCUGCUGGGACCCCCAUUGCCAGAGCUGGGACUAUGGAGGACUCCCAGCCCUCACCAGCAAUCCAGUUACUGAGUGGUCCCUGGAUUGUUCCCGAGGAUGGGUGGUCCCCUUGGAGCAGCUCUGUUUUCUCCUGGGCUUUGUGGCUGGGGCGCUGUUGCUGGGUCACCUGGCAGACAGUGUGGGGCGCCGUGGGACUCUCCUCCUGGCACUCGUUCUGGGCUGCCCCGCAGGCAUCUUGGCUGCAUUUGCUGCCUCGCCCUCUUUCUUCAUGUUGGGUCGUUGCCUCUGGGGGGCAAUGCUGGGGGGCAUGCAGCUUGCCCUCUAUCUUAGCCGUUUGGAAUUGUGCUGCCCUCCGCAGCGGCUGCCUGUGACCAUGGCGGGGGACCUCCUCACAGUUGGGGGGCACUUUCUGCUUCUGGGGCUGGCGCUGGCUUGUGGCAGUUGGCGGACCCUGCAGGGUGUGAUGUCGGCUGGGAUGGGCCUUUGCCUCCUGUACAGCUGUCCUGGAUUGUACCCAGAAUCACCCCGCUGGCUCUUGGCCACUCGCCGAAUGGCCCAAGCCAAGGAGAUUCUGAUCGCCCUGGCCCAGGGCGGAGGUGCCCAGGAAUCUGAGGCACAGGAGGCGCUAGAGGAACUUGACAAUGCCUGCCACCUUCCUGCUGCAACCCAGAUCUCGCUCCGGGCCCUGUUGUCCUGCAGAAACAUCUGGAAAAAUGUCCUCAUUCUUGGUUUCACUACAUUCAUAGCCCACUCCAUCUGCCACUGUUACCUUCUGGCCUGGGAAUCCCUGGAGGAUCCACGUACCAAGUUCUACCUCUCCUACCUGCUGUCGACUGGCAGUGCCUGCCUGGCCUGCCUCUUCCUGUGCCUGAGUGUGGACCGGUAUGGACGUCGUGGGAUCCUGCUGCUCACCACCACGCUGGCCGGCAUCGCCUCUCUUAUCCUGCUGGGCCUGGGAGAGUAUCUCAACAAUGCUGCACGGAGGACGUUCUCCAUCCUUGGUCUCUUCUCCUCCCACGCAGCCGGCUCCCUCAGCAUCUUCUUUGCAUCGGAGGUCAUCCCUACCAUCAUCAGGGGAAAGGGCCUUGGCCUCAUCUUGGCGUUGGCAUCCCUGGGUGAACUGAGCGCUCCUUUGCUCCGGUUGCGAGAACAGCAUGGCUCUUUCCUCGAACAUAUUGUGUUGGCGUCUCUCAACAUCCUGGCUCUCCUUUGCCUGAUGCUUCUGCCCGAGAGCAAGCGGAAAGGCCUGCCUGAAGGCCUUCGCGAUGGAGAACUUUACCGGAGGCCCUCACUGCUCCGCCGGGCUGGCGGGAGCGAAGGCCGGGACUCUGAGGGGGCCACCCGUCGGGAUGACGUGCCCCUGUUGUCCACACCAAACCCUGCAAGCUGAUAGAUGUACCUGCCCUGGCUGAAUGGGACCGCUUCUGCUACCGCUCAGGCUUCCGGGCCUAGAGGGAGGGACCACACAGCCAGGCCUCAGGCCAACCUAGCUGAGGGCUGGCUGGUGAGGCAAAAGAGAAGGGCAGAAAAAGAUGUUCUUGAGCCACCUCCGCGUAUUCCAGCUUUCUGUUUCCAGUGUAGUAUUAGAAGCAGCAGGGGCCUGCCAGUCUCUUCAUGAGAUCUGCCAUUUCUAGAAGCCACUUCCAUGAUACAUCAGAAGUGUGGGAGAAAAAAAAUGGAGAAACGCUAAUCACUUUUGAUUUUUCUUUUAGGCAUGUGAACUGGCUCUUAGGGAUGCCGCCCCCUGCACAUGCACACACACUCUUUAUUCAGUUGGCGGACAUUGCCCACCUGCCAUUAAAUUUGCCAUACCCGACUAGGCCUAAAUCCAAGACCAUACAUCUCUUGCCCACAGACUUUCAUAGGUGGGAGGGUAGGAGGAUCAAAUUAAGCUCCCAAACAGGCAGCUGCGUGUGCAGUAAACUCCUACAUAGUAUUUCCAGAAACCUACAUUUUUCUCCUAAUUCCCUACUCUGAAAGAACAGUUCCCUCCCUUGUUCCCUCAGCUGUAGGGUAAGUGGAAAUUGAACAGGUGAAGCAGGAGAGCUUCACCUGCUACAUUUCUGCCAAUACAUAUUAAAGUCCCGGGAGCCCUGACAGAAAUAAUAGGUACCAGUACUAAAGAGGUGUUUUCUCACCUCCAGCCCUGUUCAUUUUUCUAAAAAUGCAUGGCCGCAAGGGCUGCUCUUAUAUUUAAAGAUCUGUCUUGGCCCAUGUGAUUUUUCUAGGGACCCUUUUGCUAACCACUUGCUGGCUCUGCCUCUGGAGAUAUCACUUGCCUUAACUGCUGAAGCCAAGGUCUGAGGUUCAUUUAGAUCAGCUUGUGUUUCUUUGUUCCCGUUUUGCAGAUUUAGGAAACUGAGGCCAAGAGCAAUGUGGAAAGUCUUUUGGUCAGGGUCAAAACUUUCAAACCUAUGCACUACAUUCCAUUUCUUAAUAAUUGUUUUGAGAGUGCAUCUCUACAAAGGGCUUUAAUCUUUUUUGCUGGCCAAGCCCCCAAAUGGAACCAAGGGCCUGAUAAAAACUUUAAACAUUGAUUUCCAAACUCAGCCUGUUCUAAGCUCUUUUCUAUGGUGUCGCAAUGUCUAGUCAUGUGACCCCUGUCCUACAUAGGUCCUAAUCGCAUGAUUCCUUCCUGUGCCCCAUGGCCAUUAGCCAAGACUGGAGCCUUUUACCACUUAGGGGUCAGGACUGCUUCAUAUGGCUGUGUGGUAAAUAGAAACCAGCAAUGGGAAAAACAAAGCCUGUCAAAUUUCAGGCAUCACACGGUCAAGGGUACAAAGAGCAGCUGUGUCUUAAGACAUUAGAGAGAAAGAAAUCUUAAUUUCUCCUCCCCCAUUUGAGUAUUUUGCAAAGCAUUGACACACAUCUCUCUUCAGGUGUGUCUGGUUAUUCCACUCCUAGGGGCCCAGAGAAAAUGCAAAUUUGUAUCACCAUGAGGAAAAGAGAUGCCUAAAUGUGUUUCGAAAUGUACCCACACCCAAGACUCUUGGAAGAUUUUUGGCUUUUUUUGACCUUAAAGGAGAACAAACUACUGACUGUUCGUAAACUAAAUACAAAUUAAAGGGGGCAAAAAAAUGUCUUGAGAA